CGCCCACUCACCGCUGGGGCCGAGAAUGCCGCGAUGACACUAAACUUUGACCGGCUCGCUGCCGGCCUUCGGUAUAACUAAGGGCCACUUUCACCUGCCACACACGGGGACAGGAUCCCUGUUGACCCCCAAGAAUGCCAUGACAGCGUCUCAACCUGACCCUCACCGCCAGCCUCGGUGACCAAGGGCUCUUUCGCCUUCCCAACCCUGACCCAGGAGCAAGCCGUUGCGUCCAAAAUGUGCACGUACGACUACACACCGUACACCGGCUGCGGCGCCGGCGAGCAGCACUACUACAUCCAGUGGGUCAAGUGCAACAGGGCUGUGGAGAAAGGGAGGUACUGUUCUUUGGACGCGUCGGUCCAGGCUGAGCAGCUCCGGAAGCUGUCGGCCAACGUCCUAUCUUGUCCCCUCCACGGUCCCGUCGCAGUACAGCAGUACGUUCUCGAGCCGGCCAAUGCGACAGCCCUGGACCACGAGGAGAACACUCGGGCUCGGAGCACCUCCCGCCGUCGCAAUGGAGCGUCUAGGAGCAGGACUCCUGGGCGAAGCGCUGCUGCCCGCGAAUUCGAGCCACUGGCUCCGCGGAGAGCGGUGCGGCAACGGAGGUCGCGACGCGGGCUCGCCGCCGAAUCCUCAGACUCGGAAUCAUCAAGCUCCCUCUCGCCACGUUCCAGAACCGCAGACCGGGCGAGGAGGCCGGCGGAGCACGGGCUCGGGAUCAGCCAGAACCACACGGCGUCCCACGGCAACUUACACCGGCGAUCGAGCUCAGCCGACGUCGCCCUACCGCCUCGGCCGGCCCGUUCGAUCCAGGACGGGCACAGCGAGGCCUCGCUGCCCCUCAAGCCCACUACGACGCAGGCGGAUGAGUCGCAUGCAUCGACGAGCGGCCUUCAGCAAGCAGGCACAAGGCCUGCACUGGAUGUGCCGCUUCCAGCUGGCGUCGUCGGGUUGCCGAGUAGCCCAGACAUGCACCGCCGAUCCAGUGUCCAUCGAAGUCGGAGCGAGGGUCUGCUCAGGCAAUCCGAGAAUGGCCAGGUGGAACCCAUCCAGCCCAUCCAACCCAACACCGUGUCACCCUCCGGUGACAGCUCCCCGGAUAACAACUCGGAGCUUCCCUUCAGCAUGUCGACACGACGGGGGCGGAGGCCUGGUCCCCGGUCUGUUCGUGACCGGAGCGUAGACACAGCAAUGCGCCGGAUCGACGAGGACGUGGUCCCGGAAGAAACGGACGACGUCACGAGGGCAGCACUCGCGACAAAGCCUGCCGAGUCGAGGGGCUCAGCCACGACCUCACCGGAGCCUCAUCGUCAAGUACCAGACGCAUCGAUCUCCUCACAGCCUGCCUCCAUCCCUUCCCACGUCCCACCCGGCAGGAGAUCGGGCUCUCGACCGCGUCUGGACAACCUCCAGAUUCCCAAACAGGGUGCCCAAUACCAGCGUGAUGCCCACUCCGCACCGACAGCCACCCCUCCGGAGACGGACAUCACCGCUGACCACCCCAUGAGGCCUCGCACUCAGUCUCUCCGGCAUGUAGACAUCACACCCACCCGCCUCAACGACGAGACGUCCUCGCUUCUCAGCAACCGGUCCCGACGCUUCGAGGACCAAGUUGCCGAGGGCCGCAAGUGGGCUGCCGCGCGCGAGCACGUGCCGCCCCCAGCCGCGGUAGCGCGGGGUCCCACGACGGACGUGUUGGCGCACAUGUCGCAGCUCAACCUCGCGCCGUCUUCAACCAGUGCCGCCGUGCCGGUAGCGGCGGGGCCAAGGGAGUCGGUCGACAGCGGCUACCGUAGCGGUCAUCAGCCGCAGCGGAGCUCGGAAACGGUGCGGUCGUCGCCAGUUGAGAUCGGGGGAGCGGCGGCGACGUCGGUGGUGGGUGGAGGAGGGGCACCAGGAAAAGGCGGUAGGAAUACGCUGCAGAAAUCGCCGCCCCAGCAGCCCCAGCAGCAGCAGCAGCAGCAGCAGGGGCAGGCGCAAGGUGGGAAGCCACGGCCGUUGCCGCAGCCGCUGAAUCUUUCAGGGCUGCCGCCGUGUGCGUUGCCCGUCUCGUUGGUUUCGCCGGGCUUUCAGUCGGAUGUGGAGGCCGGGUCGUCGGGGAAAGGGAGUAAGCCGUCUCUGCGGCAGCGGAUGGGCCUGAAGAAGAAGCUCAGCGGGCUGCUGUGGGACCGCGGUGGGCAGCGGGAGGUUGGGGCUGUGGAGGGGUAAUGCAUCGCAUGGCUGGUCGAUGCUUGUGUCGAUACGCCGUGUGCCACACGUUGGUCAUGGACCAGCUUGGGCGCGGUGCUUGGUACUCGAUGGCUUGUUUUUAGACGGAGGUAUCACGGCAGCAACAUCGCAUGGACCGGACGGCCGGGAGGUGGGAUUGACGACUUUGAUGAAUGACAAAUACCCUUAGUCCUAGUAAUUGUCCUAUACCUUUUCAACAAAUAUAUUCCCCGUUCUAGGUAACUCGACCAGCUCGAGCCUUGUGCUUGCUCAUCUUCUUUAACCCAUCAUCCCA